CGCCAAGCAGUACUACGACACCAGCGUCCAGUUCCUCAUCCUAACCACGCCGAUACUUAGGAAAUGGAUCGAUGAAGACCGCGACGCAUUCCUGGAGAAGACCGCCGACGGAAUGAGCGCCGUCAUCGACAACCACGCGCUCUACAUGCCAAGCGACUGCUGCACCGUAGACGGUGAGCCACGCGCAACCGGGACCGACAUCGCCGACUACGCCCUGGCAUGCUACGGCACGUUCGAGAUGGGCAAGACCACCGACGCCGGCGGGGGCACCGAGCCCAUCGCCGCCGACGGGGGGCACUCCACGAACUUCUACAAGGGGCAGGGGGCAAUGGGGCAGCCGAAGUCCUACCGCGGGAUCCUCCUCAACAGUGCCAUCGGGAAGAUGCGUAGCAGCUUUCUGCGCUCCAGAGUGAACUGCUUGCUUCCUAACCUUUUGGAAGCGACGCAGCGUGGGGCGAGACCCACGAUGGCGACCGACUUCAUCAGCCACGCAUCCUUCGCUUUUACAACCGAUUGCCAAAGAAGGACCAGAUCGGGCAGCAUCGACUUCCUCGCCCUCAGAGAGGCCUUCCGCUCUGUCAUCCGGGAAUUCUGCAUGGGGCCCCCUACCACCGCCGACGAACUUAACGACCUCAUCGAGCAGAUCGGCAUUCCAGCCUUUCUCAAGCCCUCCCUCAUCGAUGCAUUGAAGCAGCCUGCUUGCAACAACCAACGCGUCGACGAUCAGCACCUUUGCCGCGUGAUUGCCGACCGCCACGCCUCCAACUGGAUGACCGCGAAGAGG